UGCAUAAAUAAUGACGUUUUUAUAUAAGUCGGUUAAUGAGCUAGAAGUAAAAAUUGUUGCAUUAUAAAGUGUUAUGUUUUAGUCAAAAAUACGUUAAAUGAAGCGGUUUAAUAGACAUAAAAUCAAACAUGAGAAGCCGGAGACUUCAGCAGAACACAAGAAGGCGGCGGAAGAACAUGAUUUGGCAUAUUACAUACAUGACAGAGUGGAACUUAUGUACCAAGUAUUUUCAGUUUUAAAACAUAAAGAUCUGAAAGCCAUGGCACCCGAAUGUGUUAGGAGACUCUCUAUCGAUGAUCUACAAGAACUGUGCACUGAAGAGCUCCUUGGCAUCAGCUCAAAGCGUCUCCUAGCCAUCCUGGACGGCGCGGAGCCCCCAUCAGACACGGAGUCCUCCAGCCAGUCCUCACACGAGGUGCACGAGACCAUCUCUCUGGACAGCAUAUCCUCUGAUGAGGAACUGCUCAGUCAGAGUAGCAAGAAAAAGCACAAGCACAAACGCCGCGACUCAAAAUCCAAGUCGAGGAAACACAAGAAGUCUUCAGACAUACCAGAGGAGCUCGAGAGGAGUGCAGCCUCGCGGGCGGGGCUCACCGUGCUGGAGCUGUUGGAGUUGCAGGCUCGCGCCCGAGCCAUCAGGGCGCAGCUUCAACAGGAACAGGCUAACAAACAAGUGGAGCCCACCCCGGUAGAGUCAAGCCAGCAGUCUUCAGACAGCGAGGUGGAGAUCAAGGAGGAGCCAGCUGAAGUGGUGGAGAUCAUCAGCAGCGAUGAUGAGAAACCCAACGUCGCCGAGCUACAGAAAAAAAUAUCAUCAGACAACAAAGAUAAGUCUGACAAGAACACGUCCAAACCUACAGACACAGACGGCGACAAACACAAGGACGGUAGAAAAUGUAAGAAAAAAAAAGAUAAAAGCAAGAAAAAAGACAAAGAAAAAGAUAAAACAAGCAAAGAUACCGCCACAAACAAUGAUAGUGAUAAGCAAAAAGAUACAGAAAGGAAAGAUUCUACAAUUGAUGUAGAAGUAGAGGCUGCUAAAGCUAAUAAAAGUCCUGCGAAAGAGGAGAACACGGUGACUAAAAGAGUUAAUGAUCUCAUCAUCACAGUGCCACAGGCGUCUUCAAGGAAAAUCAAACUUAACAGAAACAAGAUGACAGUUUCCAUAUCCAAUAAAGAUAGUGACGCCAUGGUUGAUACACCUCGAGUUUCUAUAGCUUCAACUGUAGCUAAACCUGUUGAAAAAUCAACAGACAAUGCUAAAACACUGACAUCUGCAGAAAAUCGAAUGCCAAAAACUAUUGAAACAGCUAAAACGAAUGAAAAUCAAGCUAAAACAACAGAAACACAGACUAAAACUAAACCUAAAGACAAAUUUAAGAAGAAAAGCAAGAAAAAAGAAAAGAGACAGAGCAUAGAUGAAGACCACGAUGAAAUUACUUUACAACUGUCGGAUUCAGAGAAAAUGGACCUUCUAGAAGACUUUGAUAGGAAAAACUUUGAUAAAAUAUCCACUACUACUUCAGAUUCCGAAAGUAGCUCAAGUGACAGUAGCGAUGACACUCAAGAUGCACAGAACACCUCCAAAACUUCGUCUCAAGAUAAAUCUCAAGAUAUAAUAACUAUAGCAGAUGAGAAUACACAAAAUAAUGACGAACUUGCCAGCGCUGGUAUAAAAAAUGAAGAAUCAAAUAAUAUUGACAAUAAAGAAACAGAAUCUGCAAUAAACGACGAUAUCCCUGAAAAGAAUAAUGAAACAGGAGAAAAAACAUCAAAUAUUGAUGAAGAAACGAAACUAUCAGGAACUAAUGCUACAAGGGUAAAUACUGAGUCUGCUAAUCUCAAUGACAAAAAUAUUAAUAAAAAAGAAACAGUGGAAAAAAUAGGAUAUGAAAAUGAAACAGAAAAUGAAAAUACAAUUACGAUUUCAAAUAUUGGUGACAUACCAAUCCAAGAUGAUCCUGAAAAGUUUGCAAAUAAAGAUAAAACUGUUACUGACACGAAUAGCGAAGAAUUUCCAAAAACUACUAAGGAUAGUACUACUACCACAAGUGAUGUAAACAAAGAAACCGAUACACAUUGUAGUGUUAAUAAAGAGACUUCUCCAGGUAACUCAAACGGGGACAGCAAUGCAAAGGAGAACGAAAAAGAUUUGUCUGAAGGCGAACUCUCAGAACGCGACAGCUCUGAAGUUGAAGCUAUUGACAUGAAAACCGAAAUUGUCUGCAUAUCUGACGAGGAAACGCCAAAAAAGAAAAAAAAGAAGGAAAAGAAAGCUAAGAAAGAAAAGAAAAAGAAGUCGGAUUUUCGGGAAAGUGCUGAUCAAAACUUUUUUAAACAAAGCACUGCAGAAUCUCAAGAAAUAAAUACACACGAUGGAAUUAUUUCGGAACAUAAAGAAACUGUUACUGUAGAAGAUGAUGACGAUGUUUAUGAAAUUCUGGAACUUUCCGAUGACUCUUCUUGCUACGAAGUUGAAGGUACAGUAUUAUCGAAAGAACCGACUGUAGAAGAAAUAGCUGCACUCUCUGCUAAAAUAGACGAGAUAGAAAGAGAAGAGGCUAUUGCUAACAAACCUGACAAUGAGAACGACAAAGAAGAAACGCGGAACAAUCAAGAAGAUAACUCCCAAAAAGAAGACUUAGGAAACAUAUCUUGGAAAGAUAGAUAUCUUGACAGCAAAAAAGUGAAAAAGGUACUCUCAACUUCUAACAUACUUAACGCUUUGAGAAAGAAGAAUAAGGAAUUAAAAAAGAAAAUGGAAGAAAACAAAAAGAGAGAACAAGAGAUUGCGAUGGAGCAACAAAAGGAACACGAAAAAGAAAUAACGAAAGAAAAAGAGUUAGAGUUAGAAGAAGGGUCUAUUGAACAAUAUAAUGCCUUGGAAGGAUUGACUAGGUACGUUGACCCCGUACCAGACCCGGUAGAAAUAGAAAAACAGAAAGAGUUAGAGAGAAUAAAAGAAGCAGAAAACGCAGAAGAAGCUCGGAAGAAGAAAGAAACAGAAAUACAGAAACAUAUAGAGAUAAAAGUGACAGGGGAAAUGAAAAAAGAUGCGAAACAAUUGUUGAAAAUGUAUAAGAAGUUGCUUAAAUACAAUGACGUUAGCAAACAAAAAGACCCGAAUAAGAAAAGGAACAAAAAGAAGAAGAAAAAAGAAAAGGAAAGUGUUUCCAGCGCAACUGUUAAUAAUGGUUAGGGAUUAUUUUGUCUUAAUAAGUAAUUUAAUGAACUAGAUGUUGAUACCAAUACACGCCAUCUAAUUUUAUUUUAACUUAUACCUGUCAUUUUCUUAUCUGCCGAAAGGGAAAGGGACGGGUAAUCGACAGGUAUAAAAUGAACGGAAUACACGUCAAUUUUAGACAGAAACUUAAAAAACCCUCCCAAUUGUAUAUUAGCCAAAAACCUGACAGAAUUAAGUUGACAGCACACGUCAAUUGGGUUGCAUAUCAGCGAGAUGCCUAUUUUAUUCAUGCGGGUGUUAUUAUUCAUUCAUUUUAAAAUUAACAGUUGUCAAUCAUCCGUCUUUCCCUUUCGGCGGAUAAGAAAAUGACGGGUAUAACUUAAAAUAAAAUUAGGUUUCUGCAGGUAUCGUGGCCAAUGAUAUAAGUAAUAAAGUAAUAAGAUUGGAACGAAA